UGGUGGCCACCAGCCCAUGGAUCCGCGGCGGGGCUGCAGCAGGGCGCCCAGGCUGCCCCACUGCCGAUCCGCUCCGCCCCGCCUCACGCUGCCCCCCCAGUCUGGACCUGCCUUCGGGUGGAAACAAGCCGCCUCGCGAGGGGUCUGGACCUGCAGGCGGCCUAGAAACAGUCACCGGCCUGCCGGGCGUCUCCUGCUGCUGGCCGAGGCAGCCCCGCCCCCAUUCCUCCUCCCCCCCCGCGCGCACACCUGGGCGCCCCUCAGCCUCAGCCCAGCCGGGGAGCGGGGGGGGGGGAGGAGGGGGAAGGGCUGGGAGCCCCUCCCCCGCAUCGCCCACCCGCAGCGGCUGGAGCCUCCUCCCCCUCCUGCCCGGAGCGCCGAGCGCAUCCUCCGAGGGGCGGCGCUUGUUUCGGGCCGCUUGGGCCGGCCUCCCCCGCCGCUGCCGUUGCUGCCGUCAUCGCCUCCGCCGCUCUCCUCCUCCUCCUCCUCCUCCUCCAUGCCGCCGCCGCCGCCGCCAGGUCUUCUCCGCCGCGCCGGCGCCGCCUCCUCCUCAGUCUCCUCGGAGGGCGCGCAGCUCCAGCAGCACCUCGCCACGGGCCGCCUUUCGCCAUCGCCAUUUCCAGGCGCUUCUUCUUCUUCCAGCCAUGGCAGCCAGUCCAGAGAAGAUUAUCCACGCUUAAGGCUUAUUUGGUUCAAGAGGUGAAGAUUCUGCAGAAGAGUGUACCACCAAUGGCCACCAGUAAAAGAGAACAUAAGAACAGCCCUGCUGGAUCAGGCACGACUUGGCCCAUCCAGUCCAGCAUCCUGUUUCACACAGUGGCCCACCAGAUGCCAUUGGGGAGCCCACAGGCAAGAGGCACUCUAGAAGCCAACCUGACUUGCGGGCCUGGAUGCUCCACUGCUGAUGCCUGUGGUGCACUUUUGAGGUGCCAUCCUGUGUAUUGAAAAGUCCGUCUCCUGUACUGGCAGCUUGGCGACGGUGUAAGUCCCCUCAGCAUUGUGGGAAACCAUGGGGAUUGGCAAGAACACCACUUCUAAAUCGGUGGAAACUGGAAGCCCCACGGAGGGAAAAUAUGAGGAUGAGUCGAAGCAUCCUGCUUUCUUCACACUGCCGGUUGUAAUAAAUGGUGGAGCAACAUCCAGUGGUGAUCAAGAUACAGAAGACACAGAGCUUAUGGCCAUUUAUACCACAGAAAAUGGAAUUGCAGAAAAGAGUUCUCUCGCAGAGACACUGGACAGCAGUGGGAGCUCAGACACACAAAGAACGGACAUGAUAUACACAAUUGAGGAUGUCCCUCCCUGGUAUCUCUGCAUAUUCUUGGGCUUACAGCACUACCUGACCUGUUUCAGUGGUACCAUAGCAGUGCCCUUCUUGCUAGCCGAUGCCAUGUGUGUGGGAUUUGACCAGUGGGCUACCAGCCAGCUGAUUGGGACCAUAUUCUUUUGUGUGGGAAUCACAACUUUGUUACAAACAACUUUUGGGUGCCGGUUACCUUUGUUUCAAGCCAGCGCUUUUGCAUUCUUGGCUCCAGCCAGAGCUAUUCUCUCCUUGGAUAAGUGGAAAUGCAACAAUACAGCUAUAACGGUUACAAAUGGGACGACGGAGCUGCUGCACACGGAAAAUAUCUGGUAUCCCAGGAUACGAGAGAUUCAAGGUGCUAUUAUCAUGUCGUCUUUGAUAGAAGUGGUGAUUGGAUUCCUGGGCUUGCCAGGAGCGCUCCUGAGAUACAUUGGGCCUCUGACCAUUACUCCAACAGUGGCUCUCAUUGGCCUGUCUGGUUUCCAGGCUGCAGGGGAGAGAGCGGGAAAACACUGGGGGAUAGCCAUGCUCACUAUUUUUCUAGUGCUGCUAUUUUCUCAGUAUGCCCGAAAUGUCAAAUUCCCUCUACCAAUUUACAAAUCGAAAAAAGGAUGGACCGCAUACCGGUUGCAGCUUUUUAAAAUGUUUCCUAUCAUUCUAGCCAUUCUAGUAUCAUGGUUGCUGUGCUUCAUCUUCACGGUGACAGAUGUAUUUCCCCCUGAUAACACAAAAUAUGGAUUCUACGCGCGCACCGAUGCUAGGCAAGGAGUGCUUCUGGUUGCCCCGUGGUUCAAGGUUCCUUACCCAUUUCAGUGGGGAUUACCAACAAUUUCAGCUGCUGGCGUAAUUGGAAUGCUCAGUGCAGUGGUUGCAAGCAUCAUUGAAUCGAUUGGCGAUUACUAUGCCUGUGCAAGGUUAUCGUGUGCUCCUCCACCACCAAUCCAUGCAAUAAACAGAGGCAUCUUUAUCGAAGGCCUUUCCUGCGUCUUGGAUGGAGUCUUUGGCACCGGGAAUGGAUCCACUUCUUCUAGCCCUAACAUUGGCGUCUUGGGGAUUACAAAGGUUGGAAGCCGACGAGUUAUCCAGUAUGGAGCCGCCUUCAUGCUGCUGCUUGGGAUGGUUGGCAAGUUCAGCGCCCUCUUUGCCUCUCUCCCUGAUCCAGUGCUUGGGGCUCUCUUCUGCACCCUCUUUGGUAUGAUUACUGCAGUUGGGCUUUCUAAUCUUCAGUUCAUAGACCUGAAUUCUUCCCGGAAUCUUUUUGUGCUUGGAUUUUCCAUCUUCUUUGGACUUGUCCUUCCUAGUUAUCUCCGACAAAACCCGUUGGUCACAGGAAUAGCCAGCAUUGAUCAAGUACUCAACGUUCUCCUCACUACAGCCAUGUUUGUUGGGGGUUGUGUAGCAUUCAUUUUGGAUAACACGAUUCCAGGGAGCCCCGAGGAAAGAGGAAUCCGGAAAUGGAAGAAAGGCAUCGGCAAAGGCAGCAAAGCCAUGGACGGCAUGGAAACCUACGACUUGCCUUUUGGCAUGGAGGUGGUCAGGAAGUACAAAUGCUUCAGUUUCCUGCCCAUCAGCCCCACCUUCAUUGGCUAUACCUGGAAAGGGUUCAGGAAAAGCAGCAGCUGCAGGAAUUCCGAGGAAAACUCUGAGGCCACUGUAUAGCCCUGGGCGAAACCUCCCCCUUCUAGCUGUAGUCACAGACACAUCUGCAGUUCCUUGCUGGUUUUAUUUUUUUGUAUAUCUGCAUCUUAAAUUCUGGAACCAGAGCUGAGACGGAUUAUAAAAAAUAGCUUUCCUAUGGUGGAUGGUGAUAGCUAUCUAUAAUGUCUCUCUGUAGUUACAUGGUGUGUUAGAAGAAGGAGGGAAAAAAAUCGCUUAGAAUGACUUGUUUUUCACACAGCUGCUGUUUCUUUGGGAAAUUUCCAUCCAGGUCUGAAAUUGGAGAAUUUCAUUUCUGUGGACGUGGCACUUGAAGCAGGCCACGUCGUUCCAAUGCACGGUCGAUACAUUCCUGUUUUUGUCGUCGUUUCAAAGCCCUCAUAAGCCUGCGGCUACUUGUGUAUAUUGUCCUGGCAAACGAGAGCAGAACUUUCCAGGACUGGGUAUGGAGCUGCAGUGCUGACAGUGGUGCCUUAGCACAAGUUUCUCCUCCGAAGAGCAAUAGCUGAGUUGUGGGGUUUUCUUCCCCUUCCAUUGAGCUCUCUGUGGCUCGCUGAGCAUUUCUUAACACAGCAGCUGUGUAGAGAUGGGGGUGGGGGGUGGGUGGGAGGGGUUGCCAUGCCUCUGGCGGUUGUUCAGUUGCACGUUCCUGAACUGAUGGCGAUGAUGCCUAAACAGCAGUUCGUUUAGUCAGUCCUUUAUGUAAUAAUGACAAUAUUUAUUAAGCGCCUAAAGUCACUAGUCCUCAGUAGGAUUAUUCGGAUAGAAUGGCCAGUUUGUCUCCAGAUUUGUGCUGAUCUCUGGUCAGACAGUUCAGGUCUGAACAGUCCUGCCAGUCCCCAAAGCAGCUUAUAGUUGAUGUCCCCCCCCCCCCCCCGGCCCCCUUCUCUGAGCUGAAUGCGGAACCUUUUUAAGAAUAUACAAACAGGAGAGACACUAUGUAUGACAUCACUGUCCGCUUGAUGGUUUAACGGGUAUUGGGGGCCCACAGUGGGUGCCAUUCAGACUUUUUGUUUUUGUUUUCCUGUACUAGUCUCGGCUCUGAUGUUACGUGGCUGUUAAUGCUCAUCAUGCAUCCAUAAUUAUAAGAAUUUAUUCCUGUUUAAUGUCCUUACUAUUGCAAGUUAGUUUUUAGAAAUCCGUGCUUUGUGUUAUUCCAAUGAGGCCCGAAAGGCAAUGUUUUAAGCUAUGGAAAGAUUUGUUGGAGAGGCAUGAGGGUCAGUGUUCUCUCCAGCAGUAGCGGCUGGUCCUAACGAGCUGGCGGGGGCGGAGGGGGGGGGGGGGCGUCGCAAAGGAGGCAGCUCCGGGUUGCUCUUCUCUCUUCCGGAACCAUACAGCUCCACCUGACGAAUAGCCAGCCUGCAGGCAGCGCGGCUCUCGGGCAGGGCAGGGAGAGAAGUGACCCAAGCUGCCCCCCCUCCUGCCCCGGCUCGUUAAGACCAGGCUCUCGAGGCCAGUAUGCUUCAAGGUGCUUGUGUGUUGUGGGUCUUCUUCUUCAAGCAGAUACUUGUUGUUGGUCAAGACUUGUUGUUGGCCAAGACUGGUUACUAGAGAGAAGCAAGCCAGCCUUUGUUGAACUCUGGAGUGGUUAGAGUUGGGGGAAACCCUGAGUUGCCCUGAUGUUUCAGUACCAAAUAGUGUGGAAGGAAGACAGAUCAGUGGAUGGAGUGUACUUGGGCACCUUUCCUGCCACUCCUGUGGCACUGCCCUCGUACAGCUUUGUUGCAUCGGGAUGACUUUUACCCUGAGCCUUUUCCCUGGAGAACUUUCAGCAGUUGGCUGUCUUGGAAUCAAACGAGAUAUCAUGGGAAACCGGCCAAAGAAAAAUAGUCUUAAAAUAAAAAGAUUAAUUUGGGGCUGGGGUGCAGUCGUUGGAGGACAAGAGACCUUCCCUUGAGGAAGUACUGGUGAGUUCCAGUUUAUAACACUACGGCUGCAGUCCUUGGCACGCUUACUGGGAAUCGGCUCCAUUGAGUACAGUGGGACCUGCUUCUGAGUCAGCUUGUAGAGGAGAGGGCUGCAUUCUUCAGUUUUCCAUCUUGUAUUUUAUGGGCAACCAAAGAAAAGGUGGGGCGAAAGGAAACAGCCCCCUUAGUUGGCUGUGGUUCUGAUAUGUAAAAUACCAGAGCCAGUUUUUCAGCACACACUGGAAAGGCAGAGAUGGUGUGUCGAUAAGGUUGGCCGAGUUCAGCGCACCCUUGUUUGGGUCAUGGCCAAUGCCUGCCCUGUCUGUCUUUCAGGACCCAUUGCUUGUUAAUGCAGAACCAAAAGGCCACAAAACCUGACUCCCUGUGCUCUUCAUUAAGCUUGUACAGGAGCGACUCCUCCAUGGAUUGUGCCGAACAGGGUGCCUCGUAUUGGGAUGCAGCCGCCAAGCAGGCAUCUGGCAGGACAGGUGUAUCUCGAGCACCUAAUCAUGUGUUAGCAGCGGUAGCGAGGAAGAUACCGGACUUCUAGCCAGAUGGUGUGCAUUGCAAAUUCUCUCCAAGAGACAUGAGGUGAAGAACUAGUUUGCACAUCGCACAGAAGCAAGGAACUCCUGCUUCUUGUCUUACCUCUUCGGUAAUGUGUGGUCAGGAGUAAAUUCAAGUUUUAAGAAUUUCUUCCUCGAUGUAGGUUUUAAAAAUUUGCAAAAGAUGUAAAAAUGAUUUUAGUGGCAUGGAACCAGAUAUUCCGUUUUUGUUUCCCUAUUAAUCUCUGCUAACUUGAAAGUCUUGAUAUGUUUUAUUAGCUGCAGCUACCCUUACUAGAAAUUGCUGAGAGCUGUUGGGGGAAAACAUUGCUCGCCAGUUUGCAGUGUUUACAAUUGCAGUCUGAUUUACCAAACAAUUCUGCCGCAGAAAUUUUGAUGAAGACAGAUCUGCUCUGAGUGCAGGGCAACGUGUUAAGACCGAGAUCUUAGUUUUCAGCAACCACAAGAGGGCAUCAUUAAUGCUGCUGCUUAAGAAAAGGGUUGAAGGGCCUGGGUGGGCCAUUGCAGUUAAAAGUACCUGCAGCUGAGCUACGGGUAGAGAGAAAUGUAAUGUGCACACUGCUUUGUCUUGAGAAGACAGUUGUUUUGCUGGGCACAGGUUGCAAAGCAUGUGAAUGGUCAGCUGUGAGGCGAAGCGAAGUCAUGUGGCAGAUCUUGGGUUGUCCGUAAGGGAGGCAGAGUUGGAGGGGAGAGUUCUCCCACUCCAGCACUUUUGAGCUGAAAGGUUGUGGGAGUGUUCAGUGCAGAUUGUGCUCCCAUUCAGUUCAAUGUGGAUUGUGCAGAAGAACCUACUACUAGACUGUGCCCGGUGUUAGGGUGUGGGGGGAGGAAUCAUCUGGAGUUUCCACCUCAGCCACCAACAUGUCUAGGCCAGCUCUGGUGCUUAUAUUUGUGGAGAAACCUUCUGGAUCCUCCUCUCUCUGGAUCCUUCCUAAGCUUGUAAACUUCAUUUCGGAUGCUUUGGGGUGUGUCUUUGUUGCUUGUUGCCUCCUGAAAGAAAAAGGGUAUAUGGACCUUGUCUGCUGAUUCACGGGCUUUGAAAGUGUUUAUACUGAGCUGACCACAGUGCCAUGUAAGCGUGGAGAGCUGUUUCAGAUGCCUGCGUGUGUCCUGUUGACCUUGGUCAUGGGCAAGGAGUAAAACCAGGGCAGUGGCCGUUUCAGACUCUCUCUUCACGUGUAGCUACUUUCCUUUCUGCCAUCUAAACUAAAUAAUAUCAUCUAGAGAGGACUCUUAAUGGAAAGGCUGAGGGAAAGCACUGACAAAUUUCCAUUAAAAGAAGUAAAUAUUUGUGAUGAAAACAUCACUGUAUCAUGUCAAAGAUGUAUAAACAGUAUAUUCAAAGCAAAAUAAUUGGGGGGUGGGGGGGGUCUGCUUUUGUAUUUAAAAUAAAAACCUAUAUUAAUUUUCUUUUGUUAAUUUAAGUACUCUGGCAAAGAUGUUUGAAUGUGUCUUAUAAAAUAAUGCCUCUUGCAUUUAUAUUUUACUGUUAAUUUUAACUGUGGUUGACAAAACAUAUUAUUCAAUUGGACAAAGCUGCAUCAGGGAAGGCAUUUUUAAAUUUACACAAUUUGUUUUACACCGUUUAAUACUAACUUUCAAUAUGGCAACUUUGUACAUGAAUAAUGCAGUAUUUUAUUUCCAUAGAUUUUAAAAAAUAAAUUUAAAAAAAAAAAACCCAACCAGUAACAUUUUCACCCAGGAUAAUUCUCACAGACUUCCUGGGUGGGAGUGAGAUGAUUGUCAUGACAAUGUCAUGUGGUGAUAGAAUUUCUUCAUUGACGAAUUGCUAGCGAUUGUGUAUACUUUAUUUACCCAUGCUUAUGUUAACAGAAGACAAAAAGGAAUUCAUCACCUCCCUCUUAAAGCAAAGGCAAAACACAUUGAUACACGCAACAUAACUUCAGAACUUGCGACAGAAAAUGUUGAACACGGAGCCAUUCUGAGCAUACGGCCAGGUGCACGGCCACCUCAGGUGGUGAUUCUGGCCUCCUGACAGAGUGGCGGGGUGGGAUAGAUCCUGGCCUAAGGGAGGGCACCACUCAUGGGGAUGCUCUCCUUGGAGAGCCUAGUUGGAGCUCAACAGGAGCUGCACAGGGACACAGCUGUGCUCUUACAAAUGCUCCAGCAUUUUUUUUCAGUUCAGUAUGUGUAGGAGAAAUCCCCCAUGGAUUAUGCCCAGUUAGCCAGUCUGUACAUGCGUAGGGGGUUCUGUUUUGAAUUGGGAUGGCUCCAGCUGAGAACAAACUCUACCCCUUGGGAUGCUGCUCAGAUGGGAAGGUUCAGCACUCAGACCAAAGCAUGUCCACUUCUUCUCCCAAGGGGCACAGAUCAGACUCUGAGCUGCUACCAUCUGCAAAGUGCCAACUUCUAAUGGUGUGAUUUGGGGCUGCUUCCCACACUGCAGUUUAAAGGGCAAGAAGUCUCCGUCCCACGGGCCACACCCUUGACUUGUGAGGCUUCUUUCAGCCCCAUCCUGGCCAUAUCAGUGAUGUGUGGGGUUUCUAGGAGAUGUUGGAAUGGGGGAGCUGAGAGACAACAGGGAUAGGAAAGGCCUGGCAUCAAAAGAGUUAGACCCAUAGGUUUGUGGCCAGCUCUGUGUGUGUGGUGCUCCAAAGAGGCAGCUGCUGAAGUUGAGCAUAGGAACAGGAGUAUGUGCCUCCUUCCGACUUCCGCUGCUUUGCCUGCCUGGGAGAGAUGCAACAGCCUGGUGAAGGUGCGUGCAGGAAUGCAUGGCGGACUGCACACGGAUGAAAUUCGAAUGGGUUGCUUUUAAAACGAGGCCUGGCUCUCCACUCCCUAAGGCUCACGGCCACCACUGCCCUUGUUUAGAUACCACGCCAUGGCCUCACAGGCGACUCCAUCUCUCUCGGGGCCCUGCAUCUGUCGAGGAGCAAGCAGCGCCCACUAGCAGGGACUCAUGGCGGGAGGACUCCCUUGAUGUUUAAACUGUUGGGUGAGGAAGCAGCCCUUGGGUCACAUGCCUCCAUUCCAAUGCCACAGGAUUCACAUCUCAAUAUGCAUGACAGACCAGCACAAAAUGAGCCCCCCCCCCCGCUUUAUGUUCUCCAGUGGCCUUCUUGAACCAAAACAGCCCGCCAUUAGCAAUCGCCGGAAGGAGGUGCGGGGAAGUCCCUGCAUGAAAUAGAGACUCAUGGUUUGCGUUUUCUCUUUGCAUGGUGCAUGUUGCGCAUAUCUAGCUUCUCAUUGGGAAGUUUCUCGACCUGUCUGGGCAGAGGACUGCAGAUGUGUUGGGGGGCUUCACAUUUUGUAGUGCUUGAUCCUUGGUCAUUUGUGCUGUGAGGAGGCCACACUUUAGCCAGUAUUUUGCUUCUGCCCAUUGGUCUCUACACCGUAUCGUGCUGGGCUGCUUUAAGUAUUGAGAAUUCAUGUUCAGCUACAUCCAAAACAUUCCUGUCUGGUUAUGAUUUAAUAGUGGGUGUGAUUAGUCAUCAGUACAUAUUUGAUAGCAGAGAAUUACCUUUGUGUGUUGCCUGUCAUCUUUCCAAGUGAACCAUCUUGCUGCCAAUCCAAACUACUGUGUCCUUUUUGUUCGUUUUUUGGUCUGUUCAUAAAAACUUUUGAUGUAACAAAUGCUUGACUGUUGUUUUUUUUUAGACAGUGGGGAUAAAUCAUUCUUUUAAUUUUAUUUCCCCCCAUGAGUUUUGUGGAUGACUUUGACUACAGAAUCUCAUGGUACAUACCAAGCUGGGUUUUUUCUUUGAGAUGUGUAAUUCUUUUACUGAUAUUUUUAUGGAUUUUGUUGUUUUUUUGGGUUUUUUCUAACAUUGCUUUAUUAAACGUUGAAAUAUUUAAGAAAUAUGUAAUAUUUGGACCAGAUGUUGUGAAUAAUAGUAGAUAAAAGCUAUUUUAUUCUGUAUUUUUAAAGGCUGUUCAGUAUAAAUAAAAGCUGACAUAGAUGCAA